AUGGCUCCUGCUGCCGACGGGCUGCCGAUGAGCGUCUCCCGCCGCAAAUCUUCAGGCGAGGCGAUCGCCGCCGUACUGACGACCUCCGCUGCGACAGUAACUGCCACGCAGCUGACUCGAGCGGCCCAAAGUGGGCUGCACGCACCGGCCUUCGUUAUGUACAUUCACAUCGCCAUGAUGGCCUUGCUGCUGCCUUUGGCACGAUCUUUGGCUCAGGGUGGGUGCUAUGCCGCCAGCUCCAGGGACGUUUGCGUCUUCCUACCGCUCUGGGUGGUGUCCAACUACUCCCUGGUGCAGGCGCUCGCGCUCACGCCUGCUGGGGUGGUGCAAACCCUCUUUGGCACGGGCCCGUCCCAGGUUGCAUUGCUCAGCCGCAUUUUCCUGGCAGAGCGCUUCACCUUCGCGAGAACAGUAGCUGUCCUUCUGGCUUUUGCAGGAGCUACUGUGCUGGCUUCCAGAUCUGGUUUCCAACGCAAAUCGGGGAUGAACGUCGUCCUCGGCUCCUUCUUUGCCCUGGCAGCUGUCUUUGCGUCGGCUUGCUACAAGGUGUCCUUCAAAGUUCGGUUGGGCGCUCCGCCACCACACGUCGUGCUUGGAACAGUUGGAACGCUCGGGAUGGUUACCGCCAUUUUCGGCCUGCCGGUGGUGUUGCUUCUGGCAGAGCUGGGUGUUGAGGAUCGAUGGUGGAGCGGCUCCGUUGCUGUCAACUGGCCGCUGGUCAUCGGCAGCGCAGCCGUGGAUGUGGUCUACAACACCUCCAUCGCCUGGGGGCUGGCUGUUGCAAGUCCGGUGUUCAUUUCAGUGGGCGUGGUGCUGGGUACUCCAGUGAACAUGCUUAUCGACGCUACCGUGCAUGGCGAGAUGCCCAGCGUGGCGCAGUGCAUCGGAACCUGCCUGAUCGCGGUGUCCUUUACACUCCUGGUCUGCGUACCCGUCCCGCGCUCUGAGAGCGUCCACGGGUCUUCAGAUUCCUUAGUCCUUUCGGCCCGCGAAGCUGGCCCUGUUUGA